AUGAAGGGAAUGGUAGUAGAAGAUGUGGUAGUAGAAGAAGAGGUCGAUGAUGGUGAUGCUGCUGUACCUCAAGAGGCUGAGACUAAGGAGAAGGAUAAAGAGGGUGAAAAGAAUGGAGAUGAUGAAGUUACUGACUCUUUUAUGAAAGAAAUGAAGGGAAUGGUAGUAGAAGAUGUGGUAGUAGAAGAAGAGGUCGAUGAUGGUGAUGCUGCUGUACCUCAAGAGGCUGAGACUAAGGAGAAGGAUAAAGAGGGUGAAAAGAAUGGAGAUGAUGAAGUUACUGGUGAGGGUCAAAAUAUUGAUGUGAAUAUUGCUGAGACCACUCCAAUCCAAACAAUCAAUCCAACCGUCGAUGAUGGUGAUGCUGCUGUACCUCAAGAGGCUGAGGCUAAGGAGAAGGAUAAAGAGGGAGAAAAGAAUGGAGAUGAUGAAGUUACUGGUGAGGGUCAAACUAUUGAUGUGAAUAUUGCUGAGACCACUCCAAUCCAAACAAUUAAUCCAACCUCAAAAAGGGGGAGAUAUAUAGCUGUUUCACAUGUGUGGUCGUAUUUCACAAAAGAACCAACCGAGAAUCCAGAUAUUUUCUUAUGCACUUGUCAAAUUUGUGAAAGUCAAGGAGUAAAGCCCUUAGUUUCAUACAGUUUCGCCAGAGGUGGUGGUACGGGAUCUUUUAACAAACAUUUGGCAAAGAAGCAUGGAAUCACAAAAGAAACUCAUGCAGCAAGCGGGAGCGGGACCACAAGUGGAAGCCGACAGACACAAUGGGACAUUCCCAUCACAGGUAUGCCUUUUAGAUACAAUCGUAAUGACAUGAUUGAUGAAUUUUCUAGGUAUGUAACUUGUGAUGAAUUGCCUUUUAACCACGGUGAAAGUAGGGCAUACGAGCGUCUCAAUAGAAAAACUUUGCAACCACAAUAUAGAGCAAUCCCUAGGAGCACUCUUAAAAGACGCACAAUUAAAUUAUACGAAUCAAUGCGCUAUGAAUUAGUUGAAAUGUUUAAAUCGUUUAAUGGUAGGGUUAGCAUAACAACUACAUUUGGUCUGCUCCCCCACAUUUAG